UAUCACUUCCUACAAAUAACGUAAUCAUACCGCUAAAUGUUAGUUAGCGUUGACCGUGAGUUCACCGUUGUAUAUCACCGUGCUAUAUGCAUUUCGCUUCUAAGCUUCAGCCUACUUUCAUUCUAGUUGUUUUACUUAUUGACUAGAACGAUAGUGAGUGGUCCGGACUCUCAGUAACUCUCACAGUUCGGUGGUUGUCACUUAUCCAAGUGCCUGGAUAGCGAGUUGGUUGUCCUGCCCGCUACUGAAGUAACGAGUCUAGCCAGAUUCUUAUAGGAACAAUCGAAGUACAUCAGCUGCUUUCGUUUUUCUUUUCUAUCGAAUCGUCGCGCCGUACUCUGUACAUUAACUUACUCAUAGCUAGCCACAGAGCGAACUUAACAUUCACCUAUGAUUUGUAGGCAGUGUGCAACUCUCUUUGGUCAAGUAGGUAGAUUUACAUUACGAAAUCUCGCCAAAGACCUCAAUGUGGGACGAUUGCAGUACGUCAGAGACAUCCAUAGAACCUCGAACAUCAGAACGUAUGACAUGAGAAAAGUGGAACUUACUCCCUUGGAACAAAGGAAAUUAACUUUCGACACACAUGCUCUGGUGAAAGAACUGGAAAAUAAUGGUUUUGAGAAGGGCCAAGCAGAAGUCAUUGUGACAGCACUGGUGACACUGACUACAGCAAACUUGGACAUAGUAUACAGAGAUAUGGUGACGGGAACACAUCAGGAAAUAGCUCUUCAGCAGAUCAUGGCUCAUCUUGACUCCAUAAGGAAAGACAUGGUUAUUCUGGAGAAAAGUGAAUUUGCAAACCUACGUUCUGAAAAUGCGAUGAUGAAAAAUGAACUUGAACAGAUCAAGAACAGGCUAAAUGAGGAGAGUCUGAGAAUCAGAGCAGAUGCAAAACUGGACAUAAAUUUGGAAAGAAGCAGAGUCACAGAUAUGUUCACUGAGCAAGAGAAGAAGCUCAUGGAAAUCAGUACAGAAUUCCACAAGAAGAAUGCGGAUAUUGAUCGUGGUACAUUGGAGACGACCAGAAAAAUUGACAUUGAGGUUGCUUCACUGAGAACACUUCUAGAAUCUCUGAAGCUUGAAACUAUUCGUUAUCUUGCAGCAUCUGUGUUCGCAUGCUUGGCUAUAGCCUUGGGCUUUUACCGACUUUGGAAGUGACAGAUUCAAUCUGUCUGUGGCUGAGAUUUCCUGACAACAACUCACCCUUCAAAAGGGACCAUCUCACCUUUUAAAAGACAACAACUCACAUCUGACCCUUUAAAAGGGACCAUCUCACCCUUUAAAAGUAUUCAUAUUUAAUGAUGUGUGAGACAAGCUGCCAACAGUUUAUACAAUAAAGUGAAAAACAAUU